AUGUUUUUGCCUCUCCCCGCGUCGCUGUUGCCCGUGCUGCUCCCCCGCGACUUUUCUGUUUACCUUGUCAAUGUCUUUGAUACCGCCGUGGCAGCUCGGACCCUGGCUAUUCCAGGUGGUGCCUCUCUGGCUAACCUGCUUAGCUUCUACUUAAAAAAGCAAAAGGAUACGAAGAUGCAGCUAGCGGACUGGAGAGUCAGACCUCUGACGGAGGAGAUGAAGACCUACGGCCGGUCUGAUACGCAUUACCUGCCUUACAUCUACCAAUGCAUGCAGAACCAGAUUCUCGCCAGAGAUGAUCAGACGGGGAUGUAUAACCUGAGCUGCAUCACGCCCGAGGAACUCGGAGCUCCUACAGCUUCAGGGCGAGCUGCAGUGCUAGGAGUGUUGGAGCGAAGCAGAGACAUUUGCCUCUCCCUGUACACUGAAGGGCCGUUUGACGAAGAAAAGGAAGCGAACCAACUCCUCAAAAGAAACAAUACCGCACUCGCGCCUCUUUCCUUUGCCGUUCUCAAGGGACUCCUCUCAUGGCGAGAUUCUGUGGCGCGAAAGAGGGACGUCAGUCCCCACGCGGUUCUGGCAAACGCCUGCAUCUUGCUGCUGGCGCAAAGGAGGCCGUCAAACCACGUCCAGCUGCGUCAUGCCAUCCGCCCCACACCACCAGCGGUUCACCGCUACGGCGUAGAGAUCCUUAAUGCUAUUCAAGUGCGCUACCCGCUGCAAAAGAAAAACCUGCAACCCGAGCUUCUGGCCCAGCUGCUGCUGCCGCCCCCCCCGCCGGAGCAUGAAAGGCGCAGCCAUGACACAACUGCUUUGCUGCUGUUGGUGCUUUUCCCUCAGGCCGCCUUAGAGAAAGCGGUCGCCUCUCCUGCUCCUACAGCAGAUCCUGACCAGGGUCAACGACCAGAAGAGCAGCAGCAGCAGCAGCAGCAGCAGCAGCGGCAGCAGCAGCCAGAGCCUGUGGUCGAUGACAUGGAUGAUCUGUUGCCGUCUGCUACUGUCCUUCGAGAAGCUGUAGCUGCACAGCAGCAGCAGCUGCUUGCCGCGACGGAUGCUUCGACGUCCCCUUCACAGGACCCAAGGGAGAAGAGUGUCACACAGAGCCGGCCUAGCGAUCAGGACGGCACGAAAAUUAGCGACAGUGGCAGCAGCAGCAGCAGCAGCAGCAGCAGCAGCAGCAGCAGCAGCAGCAGCAGCAAUGGUAGUUGCAGCGACAGCAGCAAAUUGCCAGAACAGCACGAUCUGCCUGUGCAACUAGGGGGCUUCUUCUCCAUGGGUGCGAAGGGCCCCAGGCCGCCGGUUAUAGUUCGCGUUUCUUCGACUGUCCUCGCAUCUCGCAUGGAAGGGAUAACCUCUCACAGCGCGGCACCGCCGGAUGGUUCUUCUUUUCAAAAUGUAAGUUAA